UAUUUAUACAAAGGACCAAAUGGGAAAAAACAAAACUCAUCGGCCGCAUUAGGUUUGGUACUAAAUCCCUAAAACCCUAAAAAAAAACACAAUCCCUCUUAGAAACAAAGAACUUCUCUUCUUCCAAAAUUCAUCACUUUCUUCCCCAAAGAUGCGUCCUUUAGACGAGACAGAGACGACUGUCGUCUUCGAGAAGCUCUUCAAAUUCGUCGGCAACAACCUCAAGAAGAUCGUCGAGAACCCAUCAGACGAAGGACCCGAAUCAACACCCGGAAGUUACUGCUUCCGCCUCCAGAAAAACAGAGUCUACUACGUCAGCGAGGCACUCGUGAAGCGAGCUACAAACAUCUCCAGAAAAAACCUAGUCUCGUUCGGAACCUGCAUCGGGAAAUACACUCACGCAGGUAGUUUCCAUCUGACGAUUAUGUCUCUCAAUAUCUUGGCGGCGAAUGCUAAACACAAGGUAUGGCUUAAACCCACUUCGGAGAUGUCGUUUCUUUAUGGGAACCAUGUCUUGAAAGGUGGAUUAGGGAGGAUUACUGAUAGUAUUGUUCCUGGAGAUGGUGUUGUUGUCUUCUCGAUGUCUGAUGUUCCGUUAGGGUUUGGGAUUGCGGCGAAGAGUACUCAGGAUUGUAGGAAAUUGGAUCCUAAUGGUAUCGUUGUGCUUCAUCAGGCUGAUAUUGGAGAGUAUUUGAGGGAUGAAGAUGAUCUUUGAAAGCUUAAAGGUUUUGUCUUUGUUGGGUCUUAGUUUGUUUCUGCUUGUUGUUUUGAGUUUUAAAGUAUGUAGCUGUUACAAGUUUUGUGGAACUUGGUACUGGAUCUAUGAAAGUCUCGAUUUUUAUGAAUCUGUUUUGAGGUGUUUUGUGAGACUCUUGAGUAUGUAAAAGCUAAGAUUUUUACAUACAUAUAUGAAUUUUCAAAUCUGUAACCUGAUGAUUAAGAUUUGUAUUGGAGACAAAUUGAUUUUACUGAUA